AGUGUUAGCACUGCGUUAGACCGGCUAACUGUCUUCACUAACGGCUUACAAAAAGUAAUUGUGAAAUAAAAGGUUACUUUUAAAUAGAAAUCAUAUUUGUUAUUAUUACAUUGCAAAUGUAAGUAAGUAAAAACACGAUGAGUAUGAUGAGUGUAAUACGAGUAUUGUUGAUCACGAGCAUAUUGAGUUUUGGAUGUGAUGCUUAUAAUGUACUAUUUUUAUCACCAAUGCCAAGUGGUAGCCAUGGGAUUCUUGGAGAUGCGUUCGUGAAACUUUUGUCCAACGCUGGUCACGAGGUUACCUACAUAACGGCAACGUCUAAGAUAACUUCAUAUCCGAAUGUUACCAUAGUUGAUGUUAGCUCAAAUAUAAAUCUCUUUCCAGAGAACUUCCUAAAUAUCAAAGCUAUAAUGGAAAAAGAUUCGGACAUGAAUGAGAAUGACUUCUUCUUCCCAAUUAUGGACAAGGUGAGCUUAGUGACGAUUAAAAACAAGAAAGUUCAGAAAAUUCUUACGGACGAUUCGCAGCAAUUCGAUGUCGUCGUUGCCGAGUGGAUGUAUAACGAACUUUAUGCUGGGUUUUCAACAGUAUUUAAUUGCCCAUUGAUUUGGUUCUCCACUCUGGAGCCCCAUUGGUUGAUUUUAAGGAUAAUGGAUGAGGCUCUAAGCCCAGCAUACAAUCCAGACAGCAUGUCUACCAAUAUGAUUCCUUAUACGUUUUUUCAACGCUUGCAAGAGCUAUGGUUACAGAUGUCACGCAGUUUCUACCGUGAACUUUGGAAAUACAAUGAAGUGACUAAGGUUUUUAAUGAAAUGUAUGCACCUGUACUGUCUCGAAAGGGAAGAGCCGUUCCAUCAUACGAGGAUGUAAGAUACAACGGUUCUCUUAUGUUGGGCAAUUCUUACGUCGCGCUGGGACAGGCUACCAGACUUCCACAAAGCUACAAACCUGUUGCAGGUUUUCACAUCGAUAAAAAUGUGCAGCCAUUACCAAAGGUAUAAGAAUAGUAUAUUUCAUUACGAGUGCGGAAAGCCUGUCAUUGCAAAGAGUUCCGACAAAUGUCUAUCCGCGCCGAGGCGCAGCCGAAGGUGAGGGUUGACAGUCGGAACAAGUUGCAAUGACGGUUCCGCACGUGUACUGAACAACUCUUUUUAAUACAGUUGCGAAAACAUGAAGCAAUUUAAUAAAAAACAUUUUUGGAAAAUAGUGCCAACCGUAAAAGAAUAUUAGCAUAGAUUUUUUUGUUUUCUUCACCCAUUCUGGGUAGGCAAAGGGAACUAUGCCCAUACAGCCAAGUCUUCAGUAGAAUUAUUUUAUUGAUAUGAAAUGAAAAUUAAAUUUAAUGAGAUGAAAUGAAAUGAAACCUAACCUAACUUAUUGAAUCAAAUCAUUAAAUCUGAUAUUGAAACUAAUUAGUAGCUACUUUUUAGAAAUAUUUGCAUGAAUCAUAAAAACUUCUACGAAUUUUUUUAGUAAAAACUUUGUGUUUGGUUUUUUUCUUUUUAAUAGACAUUAUUUUGACAGUUGGGAAAGAAAACGCACGAGUUCGGAAAAGGUAAAGAAAAAGCACGAGUAUAUAAUAGCCCACAUCCCGAACGCUAUACGUCCGUGCAAUGCGCCACUUUUUGAGCAACUGUAUUAAAAUAAUAUUUUUCGUUACAAAUACUAUUGAUUUUCAGCCAACCUUUUUAAUUUUAUGGAUUUAAUGCCCAAAUACUCAAACGCCGCUCUAUGAGAGGGUCCUUCUCCUUACCCAGUCGAGUCGAUACAUUUGUGCUGCAGCGUGGCUCUACCUAAUUAGUUAAACACAGGGUUGGAUUUACAAUCGUUUGACAGGAAUUUGGGGAGUAAGGUGUUUUAUUUGGUAGAGGUUUGGUCUCCGAUUAUAGCAACACACCCAUGUUGGAAGGAAAAGGGGAUAUCUCCCACCGGCCAAGGUGAUCUACCCGGGGAGAUCUCCCACCGGGCAAAGUGUUCUGCCCGGGGAGUGGCCAACGCUCCAAGUGGUAGUUCGGAGCUAUUCUAUAUAUACAGCUUUAAUUUCGGAACUUUGUUAGCGUGUUUUAGGUUUCGAUGUGUUUCGCUUGUGGCGCGACGAUUGCGCCGCCACACAACUAUCAUACUGAUGGCGCCCCUCACAACACACCCACGUUGUUGUAACUAAGAAAAUACCAAUUACAUAUUUCGUAGAUUCAUGGGUUAUUGGACAAUCAGCGAUACAUUGUAAUUAGUGUUAGUUUAAGCUUAUCAUUACAUUCAUGUAUUAGUGUGUUUAAUUUUUUUUCUAUUCUAGUGCUAAUAAUCAUCAAAUAUACUAAUUUUAUUACCUCUUUAUUUAAUAAUUCUCUGCAAUAUAGCGAUCGUUGGCAUUUUUACAGAAUCUAAAAGUUAUCAUGGAUCAUGCAAAGCAUGGUGUGAUAUAUUUUAGCAUGGGAUCAAACUUACAAAGUUCGCAAUGGCCAAACGAGAUCAAAGCGGGUUUGCUAAGAAUGUUCGGUGAAUUGAAGCAAACUGUGUUAUGGAAGUUUGAGGAAUCGCUAGCGAAAGUACCAAGUAAUGUGCAUCUACUUAAAUGGGCUCCACAGCAGAGCAUUUUAGGUAAGGUAUUCAAUUAUUGUUUGACAUAUAAACUUUUACUUCUUUGUUACCACCAUUUUAAAGAUCUAGAAUCCAACUUUUCUCAGUCUGAUGGAGUCCCACCUAUUGUGCUGAAGACGUGUGCUCCGGAGUUGGUACCGGUUUUAACGCAUCUUUUCCGGUACUCUUACUCCCUAGGCGUAGUCCCGAACUCUUGGAAGACCGCUUUCGUGCACGCGAUCCCUAAAAGAGGCGACCGCUCAGAUCCGUCGAACUACAGGCCUAUCGCUAUCACCCCCUCGUUCUCCAAAGUAAUGGAAAUUAUUAUUAACUGCCAGCUCAUGCGGUACCUUGAGGAUCACCAGGUGAUUAGUGACCACCAGUACGGUUUCCGUCGAGGUCGCUCAGCUGGUGAUCUUCUAGGUUACCUAACUCAUAGACGGGCGGAGGCAGUGGAGUCCAAGGGGGAGGCGUUGGUCGUUAGUUUGGACAUAGACGAAGGCCUUCGAUUGGGUUUGGUACAAAGCACUUCUUUCAAAGCUCCCUUCCUAUGGACUUCCCGAGAAAUUUUGCAAUUGGAUCGCCAGUUUUCUUGCAAAUCGGGGCAUCGAGGUCGUAGUAGACGGUGCAUGCUCCAAUUACAAACCUAUUAAGGCUGGUGUUCCACAAAGCUGCGUGCUAUCACCAAACCGGUAACAUUCAGUGCUAUACAGACGACAGCAUUGGAGACGUUUUAUUUAUCGGCUGUGACAAUAUUUCUCGGGAAAACGUCGCCGAGUCGCCCCUAGUCGAGACUUUGUUGAACAAAGUCUCAGACAUUGUAUGUGACGCUGACAGUGAGGUUGGCAGCUGUCAUUGUGUGUGUGACAUCGACACUGACAGUGACGUUGACAGCUGUUAUCUGUCAUAGUGAUUGACUUUGAUUAUUUGCGUUCCCUUUCUGUACUUGAUUUUUAUCUGUUAUUGUGAUCUGGAUUUUUGAAAUUACCUGUGAUUGUACUCCUGUGUAAUAAAAAAUGGCGGAUGACGAAGAGUUAUUUACUCCUCGUAAGUCAUUGGCCACGACUCCGCCGGGUCCACUCAGCCGGCGGGUUGCGCUGCCACCUCCACCGCCAGUAGCACCAGAGAGGCGGCCUCUGACGCCACCGGAAGAGGUGCAGCCAUCUUACCACCAGGCAAGGGUGAACAUGCGCACUGAACCUCGCCGGAGUGUGGCCCCGAUGGCAAGUUUGCUGUCCAGGGAUGUGGAGAAUUCUGCCACAGAGGCUGAAGAGGAGGACCGUCCAAGGGAGCGCUCCCAGGGUAUCAGAGGUAUCUUCAACCCUUCGAUCGCCUCCAAGUUGGAGGCGAUUGACCACGUUCGUGAUGCAGUAAAGGGGAUCAUGGGUAUCAUCACCGGACCAGGGUCAAAGCUCAAUAAGGUAAGGGCUACAUAAGGCCAUGAUCUCAUUGCUAUGGUGGCAACAAUGGAGAUCCAUAUAUCCGAACUGGAGUUGGCAGCGCUCAGAGCAGAACAGGGGAAGAUAGCUGCGGAAGGAAGACUGGCGCAGGUUGAGGUUGAGGCCAGUGCAAUUCUUUACCACGCGACGGACCCGGCACCAGCUUCCUUGCAGAUCGGAGCAUCAAGGUCGUUGUAGACGGUGCAUGCUCUGACUACAAGCCUAUUAACGCUGGUGUUCCACAAGGCUGUGUGCUAUCACCAACGCUGUUUCUUCUGCAUAUCAAUGAUAUGUUGCUAACUGGUAACAUUCAUUGCUAUGCGGAUGACAGCACUGGUGAUGCUCUAUACACCGGCCGUGCCAAUAUUUCUCGGGAAAACGUCGCUGAGUACCGGAACAAACUUGUGUCUGAAGUCGAGUCUUUGCUGAACAAAGUCUCGGAUUGGGGGCGACUAAAUCUAGUCCACUUUAAUCCUCAGAAGACACAAGUUUGCGCGUUUACCGCUAAAAAGAACCCCUUUGUCGUAUCUCCUCAGUUUCAAGGCACUCCCCUUCUUGCCUCAGCCAGUAUCGGUAUCCUCGGAGUCGACAUAUCGAGUGACGUGCAGUUUCGUGGUCACUUGGAAGGGAAGGCCAAAUUGGCCUCUAAAAAGCUUGGCGUGCUCAGCAGAGCGGGACAGUAUUUCAUGCCGGCACACCGCCUGCUACUUUACAAGGCGCAAGUUCGGCCUCACAUGGAAUACUGUUCCCAUCUCUGGGCAGGGGCUUCCCAGUGCCAGCUCCUUCCACUUGACCGCAUCCAACGCAGAGCGGCUCGAAUCGUCGACGACCGAGCCCUUUCCGAUCGGCUCGAUUCAUUGGCACUGCGAAGAGAUGUUGCAUCCCUUUGCAUUUUCUUUCGCAUCUACCAUGGGGAGUGCUCUGAGGAAUUGUUCGGAUUAAUCCCAGCCGCCAAAUUUCACGAACGCACAUCGCGGCAGAACUCCCGAUACCAUCCACACCAUCUGGAUGAUUGGCGGUCCACCACUGUGCAAUUUAGAAGAUGUUUUCUUCCUCGCACGACCUCCUUGUGGAAUCGAUUACCAUCAGCGAUUUUUCCGGACCGAUACGACUUAGGGACCUUCAAGAAAAGAGCGUACUCCUUUUUAAAAGGCCGGCAACGCAUCUGCGAUUCCCCUGGUGUUGCAGUUGUUCAUGGGCGGCGGUAGUCACUUACCAUCAGGUGAGCCGCAUGCUCGUUUGCCCCCUCUCCUAU